AUGCUUCGUCGCAGUGUGUGUUGCCUUGACGGCUCCAAUGUUAUUGGCGGCCCUGUGCAGGGACUCACAGGCGGAAUGCGAAGUUUAAUUCAACCGUGUUUGGCGGAGAAUAUACUGCGAGAGGCCGCUGCGGCGCGGCUGCGAAGUGUUGAGUUAACAGAGAUGCGCCCAGCGGAGGGGAACUCUAUAUAUAAACCGACACUUCCACGUGCCUGGGUGAAGGCGCCUCUCUCACGACUCUCCACCUCUUUAUCACGUCGGGAUUGGUUUCGGCUCAUGCAAUUUAAUAUAAUGACGGAUGCCUGGAAUGGAGUUCAAACAGAAAAAGAAAAAGAAAUAAUAUCAACAUCAACAUCAUCAACAACACCUGUGCAAGGUGUACAAGUGUAUAUUCCUGGAUUUACAAGAUCUGGAGAAGAUCCGGAUGCUUUUUUACCGUAUGAUCCUUCUAUUGAUACAGAGGUACCACCAUUCCUUCAACCAGACUUUAAACGGGCAUAUUUAGUAAAUGAGAUUAGAUACUAUGAUCCGGAUAUUGUUUCUCUACAAGAGGUUAAUAGAUCCUUUUUUAAUAACGUUUUGUGGAAGUAUAUUCGGUAUUGUGGUUAUGGAACUUUAUAUCAAUCUAGUCGGGGAUAUAAAGUGCGGGCUUUACGUAAAGGGGAUGAUCCUAAACAAACACGACAUAAGGGAAAAAUAGAUGAAAGAGAAGAUAUUGGAAAUGUCAUACUUUUUCAUAAGGGACGUUUUGUACCCAUUCUUAUGCCAGGAAAAGACCUGGGACAACAUUUUCAUUUUGCUCACAUUGUUUCUAUGCGAGAUAAGGUAACAAACAUGACAUUAAAUGUGGCUUGUAUUCAAUUCACUGCUGGUGAUUCACAAGAGGCGAAACAAAUACGUCUACAUGAGGCUCGUCAAACAAUGCAAAUAUUAGAUGCGUUAAAUCGCAAUGAUGCGGAUCGUGCGCAUAUGUCUAAUGUAAUUUGUGGUGAUUUUAAUAAUAUCGAUGAAGAAGAAGAUUGUGUACAAUUUAUGAGAGAACGUCUCUUCUCUACAUAUGAUGUUGUAGGUGGACCCCGAUGGACGACGUGGUUUCAUGAAGAUAAAAAGGCAAAUGUAAAGUAUCAAAAAUAUUACGCCGCGAAUCGUAAUUGCUAUGAAGAGUGUAGUGCUUCCAAACGUGCGGAACGUGAAAUGGCAAAGUAUGCAAAAACAAGAGAAAGAAUCUCCGUAAAGAAGGAAGAGAUGAAAUCCUCUAUUUCUGCAAAAUUAGUUAACGAAAAAGAUAGUGAUGCGUCUAUUGAUAGGGGAGAGAAAAAGGAGAAAAAAGAGGAGGAGGUCCAGUCACAACAAAAAGAAGAAAAAGAAGAAACAACAAAAAGAAAAGACGAAGGUGAGAAACAACAUCAACAGCAACAAGAGGAUGCGUUAGCGGUAAGGAAGGAAAUUAUGAAGGAAAGAGGUGUUAUCUUUCGCACUCAAGAUUUUAUCUUUUACGAUCCUCAGACAUUGGCCCUUCAUCAAGUACUUGAUAUACCAGAGGAAAUACAUAUUAACGAAGAACAGUUAUUACCCUGCAGUAAUCAUCCAUCACAUCACAUUCAUCUCGUCAUUGAUGUAUCUUUUACCGAUGUACAUCCCGAUGUGGGUUCAAAAUCACUGAAGGAUUAG